AUGGGCAGCAAGAUGGCGUCCUCCAGCAGGGUGGUUCAGGUAGUCAAGCCACAUACACCAUUAAUAAGGUUGCCUGACAGAAGAGACAAUCCUAAACCUAAUGUGUCAGAAGUUUUGAGAUCAGCAGGACUACCGUCUCAUUCUUCUUCAGUUUCACAGCAUUCUAAGGGAAGUAAAUCACCAGAUUUGCUGAUGCAUCAUGGUCCACCAGAUACUGCAGAAAUAAUAAAAACAUUACCUCAGAAAUACAGAAGGAAACUUGUGUCUCAAGAAGAAAUUGAAUUUAUCCAACGUGGAGGUCCGGAAUAAUCACUGACAGUGUGGCUGCUGUUUGUCAUCAGACAACAGAAUAGUCUUUACAAUAAAGA